UCCAACUCUUACAAUACUUCUACAUACAAUCUGAUAUAACCCACUCGCGAGAUUACCGAAAUACUGAAGAAAGAAGUCAGUCAUCAUGAAUGGCGGGUCGGAUUUCCAGCAGCUUCAAGACUCGCCUUAUCAUUCCGAUGCCUCCGCGCCAGCGCCCAAAGCACCUCGGGUCUUGGCGUGCAACCACUGUCAGCAUCGCAAGGUGAAAUGCAACCGAGUAUUUCCUUGCAACAACUGCAUUAAGGCCAAUGUACCAUGCGUGCCGUCAACGCCUGCUCCAGCUCGCAAGAGAAGAGCACCAAAUGCGCUGCUACAAGAGAGAAUCAAGAACCUCGAGGCGCUGUUGGAGCAGUAUACCUCUCAAGACUCACCCAAGCAUAGUUCUGACACAAAUGGAUUGACUCCCCAUGAUCCGAUGGAAAUAUCUGCCAGGUCUUCGCCGGCUCAAUCUAAUGGACAUGGCGCUCAAACUCCAACUGGUCCUGGCAAGUUAGUAGUCCGGAACGGCGGGUACAAAUUCCUCGAUAGCUACAUCUGGGGCAGAAUACACGAGAAUAUCUCAGAAAUGCGUCAUAUUCUUGAUGAGGACACGUCAGAUGAGGAGACCUGCUAUGGAAUCGAUUCACCCGCUCCUCACGAGGACGAUGACCUUCUUUUAGCCAGGACCUCCGCUUUGAGUAUCAAUGAUCAAGCUCCCUUGCCUUUCCAGAUCCUUCGCUUAUGGCAAGUGUUUCUCGAGAGAGUCAAUCCUGUAACCAAAAUGAUACACACCCCAACGACAGAGCAUUUGGUGAUUGGUGCAAUGACAAACCACUCCGAUAUAUCGCACAAGGACCGAGCGCUGUUAUAUGCUAUCUAUCUUGUUUCUGCCGUCACUUUGACGGGAGAGGAAGCCAUGACGAUGUUGGGCUUGCAGAAGGAUGAAGCGUUGCAGAUAUUCACCCAAGGCUUGAAGAUGGCGUUGAACAAGGUCAACUUUCUCAGGAAUUAUGAUAUGGUCGUUCUUCAAGCUCUGGUUCUAUACUUGAUCGCUUUACAAGGCCGCAGCAAUCAUGACGCUGUAUGGGUUCUCAGCGGCGUCGUCAUUCGCAUAGCUCACAAGAUGGGCGUGCACCGCGAUGGCGAGGCACUCGGCCUGACGCCUUUCGACACAGAGAUGCGUCGUCGAGUAUGGUGGCGAAUCAUCAUCCUGGACUGCAUGUACGCCGCAACAUCUGGGAUGAACCCAACGCUGUUGCCGCUGGGUUGCGACACCAAGCUUCCCCAUAAUAUCAACGACUCGGACUUUUCCCCAGAAUCAAAGGUGAUCCAGAAUAAGCAGGGUACCACAGAAAUGGCCUUUGCUCUCCUUCUGUAUGAGAUCGUCCACUUCGUCAAAGAUCACCAGAUGUCCGAUUUCGAACACCUUCUGCUAGGAGGUCAAGACGUCGAGCCUGGAACGCCUGAAUAUGACCUCUAUCAUGAGUCAUUGGAUAAGUUGAAACUUCUAGCUGAUGAAUUUGACAAAAAGAUGAGUGAGGCUGAGGAAAAGUACUGUGAUCCGGCAGGAGGUCCUCUUCAUGUCUUCGCACUGGCGUUCAGACCUCAUAUCUUGCGAGAAGUCAGAACGAUGGCGACACCGAUGGAAAAAACGCCAGAAUGGGGGACCGAAGUAAAGAAUUCUCACGAUAACUUCUUUCGAAUCUGGCUUGCGCACAAUGAGAAUGAACAGGCGCUUCAUGAUCUGAUAGCGAAUGGUCCUUUUGCGUACUCUUCAAAGUCGCAUUUUCACUUCGAUUCACUCAUCUUUCUCGCCGGACAGCUGGUCCAUCGCUCACCAGUUGGAUCUUUUACAGAGCGUACGUGGAGCCUUUUCGAUAGGUUUUACAACCAUCAUGAAGAGCUUUGGAAUCUAUCUCAGCAUAAGAACUUCCAGCUCGCGAGAUUGUUGCUCAAAGCUUGGGAACCACGCCAAAGGGCUCUGGAGCAGCUUGGGACACUUUUUGAGGUUCCUGAAUGUGUGCAGAAACUUCGGAUUGCUGUCUCGCAGGCUGGACUGUCAUGGAUGAGUCCUAGAGAGAUGCCCUUCCAGCCCACGAACGGUGGUGGCCUAGGAGGUAUGGAUCAGAUGCAGAUGGGCACAAGUGGGAGUGUCUCGUCGGAUAUGUUUCAAAGCCCGACUAUGACUAGCGACUGGUCCAUGGCUGGCAAUCUCCCAGCCAUGGACAGUGUGGACACGCAAACGCCGCAGACACCAGUUCUUCCAUUCUUCGGCUUCUUCAACAGUACCACAUGGUAGGGUUCACGUUUCUUGGGUAAUGUGCACAGGACUACGGGUAUGUAGGAAUUCCGAAUUUAUAAUGGAUAAUAAAUAACCGUAUUCUACUUCACGCAAGUUAAACGCCUUCAUCAAAUUACCCAUCGAUCAAGUUCACAAAAUCAUGAGGAAGAGGCUUCUCUUCAACCCAAGCUUUGAUGCCUUCAGCAAACAAUUCCGGAAACUGCAAAUUCCAUGCAUGAAUUGCCCCCUUGAUAAGAACCGCAGUACUCUUCUUUCCAUCCUCGCGCCCUUCUUUGCGAAACGCCAGAGCCAUUUCCUUUGCACCGUCGAAAUCAUCACCUUGAUCUCCAGCGGCUGCCAAUAUCCGCUUAUCCUUCUCAGCAACUCUUUUGACGUCUUCAUGCUGCCACUUAGCAAGCCCGGCGUAAGCGUCAUUGACCAAGCUCCAAUCAUUAUUAGUAGCGAUUUCGUUCUGAAGCUGGGUGUGAUCCUUGAGACCCUUCAUCCAGACGCUGAGAGUGUAGAAACCACUAUUCAUAACGAAUUUGAGACCGUAGUGGAGGAGGCUGGGUCUUUCCGCUGCCCAGACUUGCCAUGGCCGGAAUGGGGUUGAGCCAGUGACGAAUGCUGAUUUAACGAGGUCUGGAUGUCGGCGGAUUAGUUCCAUCGUGGUGAAGCCGCCCAGUGAAAGGCCGACAACGUGCGCUUGUCCAUCGUGGGCAUGUUUUCGGAUGAGAUGCGCGACAGAGUCUACGGCGAGCUCGAUUGACCAGGGCCCUAUGUCUCUCGAUUGAGAGUGUUUUGGGAGAUCUGGGACGAUGAGAUGGUAGUCGCUGAGGUGGGGAAUAACGUGCUCCCAUUCGAGGUUGCAGCUAAAGAGACCGUGGAGUAGGACGAUUGUUGUCGGGGAAAUGUCAUUGUACGACUUGAAGAAAAGGUCUUGUGAGGGUUUAGAUGUUUGUGACAUGGUUACAGCGAUGAAAGAUUAUCUGCAGACUGUUAUUCACUCAGAAUACGGGGGUUGUAAGGGAGGACUUCAGCUGAGCUGCACCAUUGAAUUGAGUCGGCUAAGAUUUAUCCGAGCGGCAUCGCGCUUGUGCUUGUUCUGUCCUGGACAAGCUUGCCUGGGCAAAGCUCAAAAUGGCCUCAGGCGAGAAUGAGUCUGCAGGUACCAAAGGAAAUAUGUACAUUGUUAAAUCUAAAUUUAACUGCGGGAGGAUAAGAAAUGCAGGGGUUAAGCAAUGAUAAUCGUAGUGGACAUGACACUCUGGCCUCAGCACUGCCAACAGCAUGUUAUGUCAUCUAAUACCUGGAAGGAUUCAUGGAGGGUCGCUUGCGCGUCUUCGCGUUUACCAACACCUUCAGCUAAUUAAAAUCGUCCGAUC